AUGCUUAUUUCAUUUCGACUACUGCAGCAAAAUCUUUCGAACCAAAAUUCUGAUACUGGCACAGCUAGGCUCACAGCUAUACUAGAAACAGAACUUGCUUUAUUUUGCGAAAGGGUGGCAGGAAAAGUAGUUGCAAUCACCGGGGCAUCUUCAGGUAUUGGUGAGUAUCUUGCAUAUGAGUAUGCCAGGAGAGGAGCAUGUUUAGCCCUUGCUGCUAGAAGAGAGGAGCGUCUUCAAGCAGUUGCUGAUAAGGCUCAGCUGCUGGGGUCACCGGAUGUAAUAUUCAUCCCUACUGACGUUUCAAAGGUUGAAGACUGUGAGCGGUUUAUUAAUAAGGCAGUGAAUCAUUUUGGCCAAUUGGAUCAUCUUGUGAACAAUGCCGGUAUUAUUCGAAUCGACAUGUUUGAGGAUUGCAAGCAAAUCUCAGAUCUUGUGACGCUUAUGAACACAAAUUUUUGGGGUUCUGUACAUGCCACUCGUUUUGCUAUUCCACACCUAAGAAAAAGUAAAGGGAGGAUUGUAGGGAUUUCUUCAAUUGCUGGAUGGUGCUCAUUGCCUAGGAUGAGCUUCUACUGCGCAAGCAAGGCAGCCCUAACAAGUUUUUAUGAGACACUGAGAGCUGAAUUUGGUUCAGAUAUUGGAAUAACAAUAGUCACUCCUGGUGCAGUUGAGUCAGAAAUGAGUCAAGGCGAUUUUAUAACGAAGGCAAAAAUGGACUUUGUUCCGGCUGAGUCGACCGAAAUGUGUGCUAAAGCAAUCGUGGACAGCGCUUGCCGGGGAGACAGAUUCUUGGUAGAGCCUUCCUGGACAAGGAUUACGUUUCUGCUGAAAGUCCUUUGUCCUGAACUGCUGGAGUGGCACAGCCACUGGGCAUUUGUUGCUAAGACUUCAAAGAAAAGUAACUAG